GCCAACAUGCAAGACCCGAACCGCAGGACGACGGACGCGAUGCAAGCGCUGCAGUCGAUGAUGUUUGUGCACUUAAUCGACGCACCAUUGCUUGCGCUUGUGAUGCCCAUGCUUCUGCGCGGCUUGACAGACCGCAUCUCGGAGACGAAGAAGGCUGCACUUAUUUUCGACAACACGUGCUCGAUGGUCAACGACGCCAAGGACCUCGCGCUGUACCUCGACACCAUCUGCCGGCAGACGCUGCUGCUCGCUCGAUUCCUGAGUGCCGCACGGGUUCGUUCAAAGCCCGUGGUAUGCUCGCCAAGGGCCAGAGCCACUUCGCGCACCUCGUGCCAUGGCUCGGACGAGCUUGAUCUCGAGAGUCUCUCCAACGAGUCAGACGGUUACCGCGACGUUGCCAUGCACGCUGGCUCGAUCGUCUUCAAUUCCUACGCGCUUUCGAACAGAAAGGACAUCUUGCCUGCGCUCGAGGCCGGUAUCUUCGACGACAACUGGCGCAUUCGUGAGUCGUCGAUCUCGCUCCUUGGCGACUUGGUGUACUGCGUCAUGCCCGAGGUUGGUCCGAUCCUGCGCGCGAGCCUCGACCUGAUGAACCCCGCCGGUAUGCGCCUGGGCUACUGCUUGGGUCUUGCCGAGGUCAUCCAGUGCUCGCCCAAGAAGCAGCUCGAAGAUUUCGUCGAGAGGUUUGUCGUGGCGCUCGAAGAUGCCCUUUGCAACGCACUGUCCGAGGUCCGCCGCGCGGCCAGUGAUACGUUUGAUGUCUUCCACAAGGGCAUGGGCUACCGCUCGAUCGACGAGCUCAUUCCACGCCUCCUCAAGCGUAUCACGUCGGUGUAUGACCUCGUCCAAGAGUGCUUAAGAUCAAAUCGCGCGACGUGCGUCCCUACCUCGCACCACGCCUGCUCACAACGCCAACGGCCU